AUGACACUGCCACCUCCAUCAUCAUUUGGGGAUCAUUCCAAUGCUGCUGACGAUGAUAUCUUCAGUCAACCAUCACAUGGUGAUCAACACAUAUCCUCACCACAAAGAAUAACAACUAUAAUCGAUGAUGACGAGGAUGAUGGCAAUACGAAUGAUUGGGGAGACCAACAAAUACAAACACCAACGCCAUCACCACCAACCAUCAAAGCACCGCCUGCUGUCACUGUUGUCAAUGAAGAAGAUAUCGAUGAAACAACUGUUAUUGAUGAGGACGAAGACAAGCAGGAGUCGACUCUGGUGGUCGAGGACAUGGAUGUGACCAAUCAAUCAUCAGAAGAGACACCUCCUCGUAAAGUCAGAAAGGAAAAGAAGAAGAGAACCAAGCAGGACAAGAACAGACCAAAGCCAAGGCAGAACAAGAAGACAGACACAAUAGACGUGAAUGAUGAAGUGGAGAUGGUUCAACACAACAAUAGUGGCAAGACUGAUCAUGAUGCUGACAUUGCCCUCGACGACGAGGCUGACCACGACCAAGACUCAGACACCAACCCUCAUUCAUUGUUCAUUGGUCAGAGCGUGGCUCGCAUCAACUCAAUGUCAUUCUACAAAGGUUUCCGUCUGUUUGGCUUGGACUACUAUGUUGACUUCACAAUAAUGGUGGAUGACAGUGACAUUGGUGGCGUGUCAACCUCUCAACUAUACAAGAUAUCAUCACUUUGGCAAUCAGACGAUGACAACUGUCCCUAUGCAGAACUGAUAGUUAUCAAGAAGUCUGGCGACAACAACAAACGAAGCACUAAACAACAAGGUGGUGCACCCCAACACAUCAUACUGACCAAGGAGGUAGUCAUCAGGAAGCUGUCAAGACUGCGACGAAUACUUCAUUGUACAAUCGAUCCCCAAUCAGUGUAUAAGAAGCGUGCGUACUACCCUGACAAUGCAUACUACUGUCUCGAUCAAGACUACAAUGUAAUCAACUACAAAGGCCCCAAAAGACUACUAUAUGACAGUGUGGCGUUGGUGUCUCCGCCAGCAUCCCAACAACAGAGCGUGGAGAUGGUGGAAAUCAAUGUCAAGCGCAAGAAACAUGAAGACAAUGGAUCAUUCGACGACUUCACCAUCAGCGGGCACGUCGAUGUUGGUGUUGAUGUUGAUAUGCAAGAUGGUCAUGAUGAUGAUCGAUCGGAUCAUGAUGAUGGAUUGUUUGGAGGCGGCAAUGAUCGUCCAGAUUCGCCGUCAGUCGAGGAUAGGUCACCCGAGUCGCCGUCGGUGGAGGAGAGCUCAGCACACACAAGAAAGAGACUGAGGAAGCUGCGUCCAGCUGACUUUUGUACUCAGGCCGAUGCAUGGGAUCUUGAAGGACUCGACAACACGAUCAAGACAUCCAAGCGAGACAAGAAGAAGAUACGAAGAGCAUUGGACGCGAUCAAGGGCAAGAGAUCAGGCACCUUAAGCUCUGACAUCGAGAGAGAUGAACAUGAUGACGAUUUCUUGGCGUUUGGAUCUGACGACGAUGAUGAAUCAAUGAUGAGCAGCAACACAUCAAAGGAUACCACCAAUAACGACAUGAACAAUGAGCUCAAGUUAGCUGUCGAUGAAGAAGACUCAAAGAGAGGUGACUAUGUUACAUACGAUCUGACACAGGAGGAGAAGGAGAAGAUAGAGGACUCGAAGCGCAUGUGGGAGGACAGUCAAUUCGCCAAACCAAGGAUCUCACCAAAGAAGCCAACAUUGAACUUUGAGACACACUCAAAGUCAUCGCAGCUCAUGGAGGAGACGUUGAAGAAGUUGAUCCGCGAGAACCCACUCAAGAAGCAGACAAAGAUCGAUCACUUCUUCACCACAAUGAGUGGAAGUGACAAACACAAUGCCAUCGACCUAGAAGACACGUAUGUUCCUCCAGCCUCUGUACCUGUGCCCAAGAGAGAGCCCAAGCCACCAGUGUUGAAGCGAGAGCCAAAGGCAUCUGCAAGAAAACCAUCAGUAGCGAGACGACCGACCGCAGAGCUAUCAUUCAUGAUGCCAAAUGGAGACAUUGCACCAAGAUCACAGGUGCCAGCCAGCUUCAGCUCAAGGAAGCUCCAAUCUCAAUCAUCUCAGUACUUUGUGGAUGGUGUCAAGAGUGAUGAGGAGAAGGACGACUAUGAAUACGAUGACUUUGUCGUUGAGAAUGCAAGUGAUGAGUCUGAUGAAGAGGAGGAAGAGGUACUGGAUCAUGGCGAUGAUGAUGAUGGAGCAAACCAAGUGGAUGAGCAUGAAGACAAUGGAGAACAUACUGAUGGUGGUGAAGACAAUGACGGAGGAGAUCAAUCCGACAACGAAGACGACCGAUCAGUUUGCAACAAGCUUACUCCAAACAGUAUAAAGAAGCAAGUUGAGCAUUUAUUCUCCAAGAAGUUCACAACAAAGGAAUCGUUCGACAUCUUCCUUCAGUACAUCAUCAGUUGUAUAUUGGAUCCAGACUUUAUUCAAUCAGUCAUGGAGAGUAAUGAUCGUUACUUCAUGGAUGCACUGGACAAGAUAGAGGCAACAGUUGUUUCCAGAAAGGAUAUAUUGGUAACAAGCAGUGUAUGGCAGACAGACUUCUUCCAGGACCUCAAGUAUCGUCCUGGAUACACAGGUGUUCGUGGUGAUGGAUCAGUCAGAUGCCAAUCAUGCAUGCGAGCCACUCACUCUGCCAGCGAGGUAGUGUUGUUCAGUGGCAGCUCCUAUGAAGUGACUGACUUUUGGAAAGGAUACUUCAGACGACCUGAGAAGCUUAGUAUCAAUGAGACUGAACCCGUGGACAAAACGUACAACCUUGGCACACAUUGCUACAAACGAUCAUACCUAUUCCAUCAACUACAUCACUAUCCAAUGCGCCUGUACAAGACCAUCAAGAGCGAGGUGCGCAAGUAUAUCUCCAAACACCCAGGUAUUGACUCUCAAGAGAUAUUGUUCCACUUUAUCAACAAUCCAAGUUGGACUGGCAGUUACUUUGCCAGUCUACAGUCCCUGCUUCAGCAAGCAGAUGUUGGAGUUAAAUAA